AUGGAUUCAGAUGAAGAUCGCAAAUAUGAUUCUACACACACGCGCCAUACACACAACUCAAACGACUCAGACGCUUCUAUGGACGAGCAGGGAGACACUAUCAACAGGCUGCGCAACAAACAGGAUUACUACGACCCCGACCAGGACAAAAACCUCAAACGCUCAAUCCGCAAAGGAUAUCGCAGUCUAAUUGAUAAAGCUGAAGAACAGAGUGUGGACGUGUCCAACGUUACAGCCAAGCAGCUCACAGCUGAGAUGAUGAAAGCAAACAGUUUAUACGACAACGUACGCGCUCCUCAGGAAGCCACACUCGAUUCACGUUUCCUUAUCGUCCAGUCAGAGAUGUCAGCUGCGAAGGCACGAGCUAUGAAGAUUGACGCAGAUUCUUUCGAUUUGGAUGAGUUCCUAAAUCGUUUCAAGAGCGUUGCUGGUGGUUUUAACAUUGAUGAUCAUCUCGAUCAAGAUGUCAAUGAGGAAGAUGAGCAUAAUGUCACCAUCGAUUGGGGGAUCAUUAGCAACGUGGCUCUUAAACACACGCGAAGAAUUCCUGUCAGUGAUUUCAUGCUCGGCACUAUCCCAGAAGAGGCGAAAAAGAGGACAAAAAGGGCUACACAGCGUAUUAAUAAGAAUAACGAAGAGAAGACGGCACCAACUGAGAUCACAGAAAAUGACAUACAGAGAGCAGAAAAUGAAACAACCACGAACGUAAAAAAGAUAUCUGAGCUACUUGAGCUCGUUGGUGGCGACGAUGGGAUCAAUUUGUUCAAGUUUUUCAUCAAUCCUGAUAAUUUUGCGCAGUCGGUCGAAAACUUAUUUUACGUAUCCUUCUUGAUAAGAGAUGGUCAUGCGAGUCUUAGUCAAGAUGAGGAGACAAAGGAGAUGAUACUGUUGGCGUGUCUCGGACCAACACAGGAAGAUUACAAACAAGGACUGAGCAAACAGCAGGUGGUGUUUGAGCUCGACAUGGAAACGUGGGAGACAGCUAAGGAAAUGUACAGCAUAACGACCACGAUUAUACCGACGCGUGAUACAGAGAGUGAUAGUAUUAGAUUUCUUGUAAGAUGA